GCCUAGAAAGAUGCGCUGCCCUAGGCCAGGAGGUGGCAGGAAGCUGCCUGAGUCUUGCGCCCCGGAUCCGGAUCCGGCUACAUCCACCUCAGGCCUGCCGCCGCCGCCGCCCAAGUUCGACCCCAAUGAGAUCAAAGUCGUGUUCCUGAGAUGCACCGGCGGGGAGGUUGGCGCCACUUCCGCUCUGGCACCUAAAAUCAGCCCUUUGGGUUUGUCUCCCAAAAAGGCUUGUGAUGGGGGCUGAGGAUCACUGUGAAAUUCUCUCCAGAACAGGCAAGCUCAGAUCGAGGUUGUCCCUUCUGCCCCAAUCAUCAAAGCCCUCAAGGAGCCUCCUCGUGACAGGAAGAAGCAGAACAUUAAACACAGCGGCAGCGUCGGCUUUGGUGAGAUAGUAAAACAUCGCACACCAAAUGAGGCACAGUCCUUGGCCCGGGAGCUCUCUGGAACUAUUAAGGAGAUUCUAGGAACCGCUCAGUCUGUUGGCCGCAAUGUUGCUGGCAGACAUCCUCAUGAUGUCAUCGAUGACAUCAACAGUGGCACAAUAGAGUGCCCAGCUAGCUCAGACAGAAUCCAAGAAGAACUCUCAACAUGAAAGCGGAUUAAGAUUUUUUGGGACAAUUAGGAAACCUCAAUAAAACCUGCAGUUGAAUGA